GAUUGCGAACAAAUGCUCCGUUCAUCUUCCUCGUCUGUAAAUGGCAGCGACCUCCGUUCUUCAGUAGUUUCUUUACUCCUCCCGCCAAAUACACUGCACGACAAAACCCUGAGCAAAGCCUAGACGAAGAUGAAGAAGGGCGGGGAUCGCCAUUGACGGAGGAGGAGAUCCAUGGGGCCGGGGGGCUUCAGGACGGGGGACGAGGUGGAGGUGAGCAGCGACGAGGAGGGCUUCCGCGGCGCCUACUUCGAGGCCCGCGUCGUCCGCUCCAUGCCGAAGCUCCGCCGCUACACCGUCGAGUACGACUCCCUCGUCGCCGACGACUCCCUCGUCGCCGACGACGACCCCGGCGGCGGCUCCGGCCUUCCCCGGCCGCUCCGGGAGACCGUCGACGCGCGCCACGUGCGACCCCGCCCGCCUCCCUCGGCCGCAUCGAGAUUCGCGCUCCACCAGGCCGUGGACGUGCUCCACAACGACGCGUGGUGGGUCGGGGUGGCGGCGGCUGCGGCUGCGGCGAUGGGGAGGGGGAGGAGGAGCGUCGUCGUCUCCUUCCCGGCGUCGAGGGAGACGCUGGAGUGCGAGCUCGAUCGGGUUAGGGUUCAUCAGGAGUGGGUCGAGGGGAAGUGGGUUUUGCCCCAGUGGACGGGAAUUCCUAAUACAAUGUAUGAGAAAGGAACUCAAGUUGAAGUUGCUUGUUUGAAAGAGAACAUGCCUAUUGCUUGGUUUCCUGCUGUAGUUUCUAAGCCAAUUUGGAAGAACAACUUCCUGGUUGAGUACCAGAAUUUGAGAUAUGAUGGUGGUAGAAAAGUGCUAUCUGAAAUUGUUGGUUUGCAGCACAUCAGGCCUUGUCCGCCGCAUUCAUCAUGUGUCAAUUUUUGCCUUCAUGACGAGGUUGAAGCUUUUCAUGAUAAUGGCUGGUGGCCUGGAGUAAUCACUAAGACUAAUCUGAGUUCUCUGUAUACCGUUAAGUCCAUGCAUUGGGACAAGGAGAUGAAAUUUAGCCAGGCAAAGCUGAGGCUCCGAUAUAAUUGGGUAGAUGAGCAAUGGAUUCUGGAAUCAAAGAAAUUGCUGGAAGCAACAUUUCGGAAGGGGACGAAGGUGGAGGUUAGCAGUGACGAGGAAGGUUUCGGUGGAGCUUGGUUUGCUGCAACUGUUGUUAAGCCGAUUGGAACAAAAUUUCUUGUGGAGUACGAAAAUUUGAGAGCAGAUGAUGAAACUAAGCCUCUGAGAGAGACCAUAGAUUUUUGCCAUAUCAGACCAACCCCACCCAACACCCGUACAGCUGGACCAAUCAAAUUACUCGAAGAAGUUGAUGCAUUCUACAAUGACGGCUGGUGGGUCGGAGUCGUAUCAAAGGUUCUGAGUUGUUCGAGGUAUAUGGUUUAUUUCCGGCCUUGGAAAGAAGAGAUGGAAUUCGGAGUUGAGCAUAUCAGGCUUCACCAUGAAUGGGUUGACGGACGAUGGCUGCGGACUUCAAGUGCACUGGAGUUGUGAGCAGUUCUUUUCUCUUUUUUUUCUGAAGUUUGUCUGCUGGGAGGCAAAUCUACAGUUUCGGCAGUAUGCUACUCUUCAGUAUACUCAGGCCGCCCAAAGAGAGAGGGUAGUAAGCUUGUAGUGGCCGAUGGUCGUAUAGAAGUUUUGCCUGUGUUCAUGAAUUGCACAGCCUUAAAUGGUUGGCCAUGGUAUGUUCUUUCUAGUGGAUUGAUUGUAAAUAGUUUGAUCCAAUUGGUACUACCAUGCUAAUCUACAAGUUGUAGAACACAGGAAUGAAUGCACCCGGCUUCUGUCUUUUACUCUCUA